AUGGAGAAACGUCACUUCUAUACGGCCUGCGCGGGAGCCGGAGAGACGCUUUCAUGGGAAGGAGAUUGGUUCACCGAAUCUCAAUCCGUCUACGACCGACAAGCCUCUACCGGACCCGUCGACCCUCCCGCAAGCGUUUGGGCAACUCAGCCUGCCUGUCUAGCCCUACAACAGAGUCUCUCGUCAGCCUCCCUGCUGUCCACGUCGACCGCAUCCAUCCCGGUCAUCACCUCGCUCUCGCAAACGGCUACCAUUACCACUGGUAUUCCCGUUGCCGCUACAGCCAGUGCGAUAUCUUUCCCCACGCCAACGGCGACCAUGCCAUCCAGGUUCGACUCGUCAGACCCGUCCGCGUCGGUCUCGUGUGCAGGGAAAUGGGAUUGGCAGACGGCGGGAACAAUCAGCUCGCUGGUGCUCGGGCUGCUGUUUGGAGCGCUCAUUUGGGCGUUGUGGGCGAUCUUGAGGGGUAAAAAGUCGUUGGCGACGCUUUACCAGCCGAGAGCGAGCUUGGUGACAGACAAAACACCAUCCCUCCCCGGAUUCCUCUCCGUGUUCGCCCUAUCCCCGAUCUUCUCCUUCAUGGCGACCCAUCGCAAAGCCAACGAUCCUUCGGCCGACAACUACCUCGCUAUGGUUCCUAUUGUGACCGCCAUCAAGCUGACCUCGCUCGUCGGGUUAGUCGCCCUGGCUGCCGGACUCCCACUCUUCCUCGUCGGCACACCCUGCCUCGAUCAGACGUCACCUAGAAGUCGAUUCGGCGGCAGACUCGGUUCUCACACCGACCUAUCCUUAAUGCGACUCUUGAACAGCCUCGACCCCUCGCCUGACUCGCCAUCCAUGUCAUCGAGCUCGUCUCUGGUACUCCGGGUCCUGCCAUCCACCAUCCGACCCGCUGUCCACAACGCCAGAGUUCGCCUGAUCAUCCUCUUGGUCAUCACCUGCUGUUUCAUGGUCGUUCCCGCCUGGCUGACCGUAGCAAAAGCCAUGAACUCGUUGCUGGGAUUCAGGAAACGCUGGCUAGACGAGGCCUGUGACGGGGAAGAGAUCUGGUGGAUCCGUUUCAAGCGCGCCGGACCGAAGCAAACGACCGUCAGCGAAAAGCAAGCCAUGGCGCUGGCUGGCAAGUAUGGCCUCUUGGAUGGAUCCAGCGAUGAUCCCGAGGAGAAACCCGUCCGCAAUGGUCGGAUCCGCGCCAUCUAUGCUGUACCUGACACGCUUCACCUGGACAAACUCAUCGGCCAGCGUCAAGAGGUCUUGGAAAAGCUAGAAACGGCACAGACUCGAUACAUCCAGUCUUUCAAAGCCAACCCGAUGGCCAACAGACCCGAGACCGAGACGGAGAAGGAACCUACACCCCCCACCGAGAAACGGGCGAGUUUCCUCCCCAAACGCCGCCACGCCUCGACGAAACGCGACUCGGGCGGGGUCAAUGCGCCCACGCAGUAUGUGGCUCCCAAAACGUUCUACAAGCUCAGGCCUCUGCCAGCAGUCCCCUCGACAUCCGAUGACCUGAUCCCGAGGAUCACCGAGGUGGGAAGAGAGGACGAUCAGGAGGCCAUACCGACGUUCACCGAGCAAGUCACAACUCGGGUCGUCGGAAGCCGUUUUCUCGAAGUCCAGCGAUCGUCGGGCAUGUUUACCGACUUGCCCGUCGGCGCAGAUCUGAGGAUCGGUACGACGGGACAACUGGAACCACAAGCCAUGCCCGUCACUCCCGACACGGAAAGCUCGAUGAUGGGUCACGGUAGCAGGUCUAGGGUUGACCUCAGCGACUAUCCGGUUGACCCUAUUCCCCGACCCCUCUCCCAGGCCGACUCGAUUCGUUUCCCUACUCCGGACGAAACAAGGCACUCCAUGAGUCCCGAUCGCGGAGGCAACGUAGAGGAUCCUCUCCUGCCCGACCCGCCUGUUGUGCCGCCCAAGCCUCGUCAGCCGGUAGGCUAUCAACCGAUCAGUACCGGCGGAAGUCUUCGCCGCCCGCCUCCUCGCAAACGCACCAACCCAUCGUUCGCAAUGGUCUCCGAGGAUCCUGAAAUCUUGCAAGGACAUCAACCCAUCAUCCGACCCAACUCGGGAGUCUCGCCACUGGACCUCGGUAGUCAUUAUCAAGACAUCAAAAGAUACAGGCCGCAGCUCAUCCAACUCAACGACGAUAUCGCUGAAGCCCAAAGCAGGACUUACGAGAGCAUGGCUCGAGGCCAAGGCGUCGUCGGACUGCUUGUCGUUGGCAGCGGUCUGCACCUGCACCACGCUACCAAGAUCGUCGGAGCCAGUCGAGAAUCGAUCAAGUGGGCCCGGCUUCAACGCUCCAACGGCUCUGCGUUCGGCUUCUGGGUGGCCACAUUCUUGUUAACUGCGGCUGCAUGUGUCCUAGGGCUAGCGGUCGCAUCAGCUCCUGGGCUAUUCCAUUACCUCAAAUUUUUCGGCCCUCUAGCUCGGGACAAUGGUCUUGCUUCCGGCCUGGCCGAGGGUGUCGUUCCAGCAUUGGCGAUCAGCUUGAUUUUGUUGGCUGCGGGAUAUGGUAUUCAGAAAAUGGCCAAGCUGUCAGGUAGCAUUACAUAUGCUCAAGAAAGGAUCAUCGCCUUCAAAGGUUUGACCGUGAUGCUCAUCCUUGCUGGUGGUUUUUGGCCUAUCCUCGCUGCCUCUUUGAUCUAUGCGACUGAGCAUAUUGACGACGGCGUUCAAACCGGACGGCAUAUCGCCGACGGCAGCAUCUUUUUCUCCUGGAACCUGUUUUGCUUGCUUUUAAACAUGGCCAUCAUCGUACCUGGGCUUGCUUUACUGCAGCCGGCGCGAUUGUUCAGCAGAUUCAUGAAAAAGAGAGCCAUGUUGACGCCGAGACAGCGGUUCCGAGCCCUGCAACCAAGAGCCAUCGACCCAGCAAUCUUACUGGCCACCGGAUUAUAUGCCUUGGCUAUCACCAUGGUCUACCUACCCGUCUUUCCUCUGAUGGCUGCGCCACUACUACUCUUCCUUCUGCUGGCGUUUGUAGCUUACCGCUACCUGUCAGCCUAUAUCCACGUAGAUUGGCACGGCAACUCUGGUGGACUACUGGCCAUCAUAGCGCUUAGGAUAUCGGGCUGGUUGACGGGCCUCAUCCCGUUCCUGUUCGGGUUGGUCCUCUUGGGUCGCCGGGAAUGGACGCUCGGAGCUAUCGCCUUGGUAGUCUCGGUGGUAAUUCCGCUGCUGUUCGAAAUGGUUUAUCAGAUCAGGCAGAGAAAGAUUGGUGCCAAGAAGGACACCUCGUCCACUGCGCGCUUCGAACGCGAGCUCCUCGUCGCGGGAUCAGAGCACGAUGCGCAACCUACCGACGCCACCGAAUCGCAGCCUUUGACGCAUGAGGAUGAUCCCCGCACGAGACGUCGCUCCAACGCCUCCAUCUUCGAGAUGAUCGCUGCAUUGGCUCCCACGACUAGCGGGGAGGCGGAUGUAGCUCCAUCUGCAAGUAGAUUGCCUCUGCCAACCGAGGCUGUGGACGACACCGUAGACACUCGCAAAGCCGCGGCACUCGGAAGUCACAACCUUCAUCCGGACCAACCCCACAUUUUGCCUCCUCUCAGCCUAUCCACUUCCACCUCUGGCAUGACCGCCUCUACAUCGACCAGCACUUUCGACCCGCUGACACAAAAAGCCCUUCAUACCCUAUACCCGCCUUCUCUCAUCGCGCCUAAUCCGACCCUCUGGCUACUGGAUGAUGCGCACGGAAUCGGACGAAUGGAAGUCUCCGACCUACAACGCUGGCACCGCCUCGAUGGGAUCGUUGGGUAG